AUGAGCGAGGCCCGGGACCCUGACCACGCACUGCCGGCCCCUUACCUGUUGUACAAGGGACAGUCAUGUGAUAAUGAGAACCGGCCCCUUGACGAGCUCUGGAACGAGAGGUUCCGUGAAGAGUUCAACAAAUGGGUUCACCUCCAGUCCGAGCCCGAGAAGACAGAAUGGGUUUACCAGGCCACUCAUUUGAAGACUGCCACCUCAACGAACAAAGUGUACAACCAUCCUCUCGGAAAAGCAGGGACAAAAAAACAGUCUCGCCCCAUGAGCUUGGCGUGCAUCUGCGCCGCCCUUUGCAACACACGAUGGUCUGAAGAGAGCAUCAAGAAUGGUAGCAAGGGAAACGGGUGGGCAGCCAGAGCCGCUGCCGCAUACCCCAAUGCCAACAUCUGGCGGGGACGCCCCAGCGAAGAGCAAGAUGAUGCCGCCAUUACUAGCCAACCUGACAACAACGAUGACGCUGAAGAGCCGAUGGUAACUGAGCGCCCGACUCAGACAGCCGGAGGCAACGCCCGCUACGAGAGGCAGUCAAAGACUAAGCGUCGCAAAGCUCAGGCCAGGACCAUCAAACAGCACCUUCGCGCCCUCAUGGGGAAGAAGACAAAGAAGGUUGGGGUUGCCAAAAGACAAUCCAAGAUCGCGGCCAAGAGCCCCCGCUCGGACGGGGAAAUCAAGAAACUCAAACAGGCAGUCCGACGCAGCAACCGCACGAUCCAGCAGGACGAAGAAACUAUUCGGUUGUUGAAGAGUGAACUCCACGAGGAGAAGGAGUAUGACAAGGGAUACGAUGGGCGGUGUCGAUCCACGACAUUGAGCCCCAGCCGAUCGGCAACAUUGAGCCCAGGUCCAGCGUCAUCACCGACUCUGUCUACGGGACCAGGUACCUUGGUGGACAACCUGGCUUGCUAG